GGCAGUCAUCGGGACAAGUCACUGCUAAUGCAGUUGGUGGGAUGGCUUCAUCUCUCUUGGUGCUGGGAAUAGGGGGAAGGGUGUAGCUGGGUGAGAAUUUAAGGUGGGAUCAACUGGAAAAGGGACUUUCCUAUAAAACAUCCCCACACCUCUACGGUUUAAAACGAACCACCUAGACGUACAGAUCACCAUUACCCGGCGGCACCGAACGAACGCACGGGUGACCGACGUACCCGGCGGGACCUUUCUGCAGGCGUUGUUCGGCGAGUUUGAGCGAGGACCCUGCGUAAAGGACGAAAAGCGAGAUGAGGCUGGACAGUGGGGGGUUUGGGCAGGAGCUACACGGGACGUGCACUACGCAGUUAACCGGUUAAUCGCACAGUAUGGGUAGACCGGCUGCACGCAGACACCGUCAAAAUGACAGUCCAGCUGUAAAAAGACCAACCAGCUAUAAAGUCUUUGCAAGGGAGGGAAAUGUACCCAAUAUAAUAAUUGCUGGUCCUCCAGGAACUGGCAAGACCACCAGUAUUCUCUGUUUGGCUCGUGCACUUCUUGGUCCUGCAUUAAAAGACGCUGUUCUGGAACUGAAUGCCUCAAAUGAUAGGGGCAUCGAUGUGGUGAGGAACAAAAUUAAGAUGUUUGCUCAGCAGAAGGUCACACUUCCAAAAGGUCGGCAUAAGAUAAUCAUUCUGGAUGAAGCCGACAGCAUGACAGAUGGAGCCCAGCAAGCCUUGAGAAGAACAAUGGAAAUUUAUUCUAAAACCACUCGCUUUGCACUGGCAUGCAAUGCCUCUGAUAAGAUCAUAGAGCCAAUCCAGUCUCGCUGUGCAGUGCUGCGCUACACCAAGCUGACGGAUGCACAGAUCCUUGCCAGGUUAAUGAAAAUUGUAGAGAAAGAGGAUGUGCCAUAUGCAGAUGAUGGACUGGAAGCCAUUAUAUUCACAGCACAAGGAGAUAUGAGACAGGCCUUAAACAACUUGCAGUCCACGUAUUCUGGAUUUGGCUUUAUUAACAGCGAGAAUGUAUUUAAGGUGUGCGAUGAGCCACACCCUCUGCUGGUGAAAGAAAUGAUACAGCACUGUGUGAAUGCAAACAUUGAUGAAGCAUACAAGGUUUGGAUGUCUGUUCUCAGUCACUUUCCCUACAGCAUGGUUGGUUGGUUGUUUUUUUGUUUGUGUAAAACUUCCACUUUGCUUUGCUGCUUAUCCAAGACCAAGGUAAAAAGCCUCAUAUUGAAAUGUUUUUAUGCAAGUAAGCUUAAUACACAGGGAUGCAGGUACUGUCCAGACUUCUAUGCUGAAAGGCAUCCCUGCUACCAACUGGAUCUAAGGGCGUUUAUACAUAUACGUUUUUGUCCCGCGAUGCACCAGACAUCCAGCAGGUUGGAGCAGACUCGAUUAAUAGUCUGCUCCACACGCGAGCUGACGCACACUGCGCUGUGUCACAUGCAGUUGUAUAAGCGGCAAAACGCGUGUCAGUGUGGAAAGUGGCGGUGAUGUGCUUUUGAACUAAAACUCCUCCGAUGUGUCUCAGUUCAAAAGUGCCCCACCGCCGUUUUCUCAGCGCUAACACACAUUUUUGCCACUUGUACAACUGCGUGUACCAAAGCACCCAGUGCUGCAGCACAAGCAUGUGUACAAAUGCCCUAAAUGUUAAACUGAAUACAGCACCACAAAUUGCGACCCAAAUAGUUGUAACACCACUUAAAUCUAUUGACACAAUCUUGUGUUGCCAACUUUGAAAAUGUGCUGCAAAACAGUUAUUAGCAUACUGCCUUCAUGGUAUGAGUGGUCUAAAUGCCACGUCUGUUUGUAACUAGCCAGUGGCACAGCCCAGCACCACCCCCCACAUUAUUUUAACAACCCUCUGAAGUGUGCCUGUGAACAGGAGGGCUUUCAGCAUAGACUGCUUACCACAAGAUGGCAGGUGUAGCAACUCUGGGUAACAGGAGCAAAAUGUUUGCUCCCCCAUCUCUGAACAUUAAGCUCGUUUCUUGUUAGUCUUAAUGGUCUGGGUGAAAGUAGCUCAAUACAGAAAUGAAAUUUGCUUUUAGUUGGCAAUUGGGAAUGUUGAUGCUGACUGCAAAAGAGUAGUCUGCCUGCCUUUGAUCAGUGUAAUGUUCUAAGGGGGAAAAGGUGCUGGAAUGAGCAAAACUAAUGAGUCGUAUCAUUUUGGAACCUGUUUGUUAGAACAGGACCAAGGUUCAACCACUUGCUAAAACAUUGGGGAUGCCUAUACACAUGCUAUGGGGUGGGUGGGGAUGGAAGGGGUGCUUUUUAAUUAGAACGGCUCCUGGACAGCAUCUCUAAUUAAAAUGCCAAAACGUCAUAUGUAUUCAGAGUCCCGCAUUUCAAAAUGACUGCGGGGCACUAACUAAAGCUCACUUGACAAGUUUUAGUUAAAGCACUCCCUGCCGGCGUUUUGAAACAUGGGAAAGGACGCUGAAUACACAUGACACUGCAGCACGCCGAUGCUCCAGCAGACAUGAUGAAUCAAGUCUGCUCCAGCAUGUUCUAAUUAGAACGUGUCGGAGCACGUGUAUAGGCAUCCUAGGUGCAGUCUCACCAGGUGAGAAACUUGAACGUGAAUACCAGUUCCUAUAUGACCUUAUGGAGAGUAAAUCAGACUUAUUCUCCCCCC